AAGCUGGAAGAAGGAAGGGGAAUGGACAUGGGUAACCAACACCCAUCCAUAAAACGGUUGCACGAAAUACAGAGGGAAGUCAAAGAAAUCGAGCAGCAAGUGCUUGUCUUCAGCGGUCUGUCUACAGAUCGAGAUUACAAGAAAUUAGAAAGGAGUCUUACUAAGCAGCUUUUUGAAAUAGAUUCUGUAGACACCGAAGGAAAGGGGGACAUUCAGCAAGCCAGGAAGCGAGCUGCUCAGGAAACCGAGAGGCUGCUGAAGGAGCUGGAACAAAAUGCAAACCAUCCGCGCAGACUGGAAAUAGAGGCUAUAUUCAAGGAGGCACAGGCACUCGUGGAACGCGAGAUCACACCUUUUUACAAAGGAGGUAACUGCAUAAGUGACGAGUUUGAAGAAGGCAUCCAGGACAUUGUGUUGAGGCUCACCCAGGUGAAAACUGGAGGGAAAGUUUCUUUGCGCAAGGCGAGAUACCGCACUCUGACAAAGAUUUGUGCUGUCCAGGAGAUUAUAGAAAGCUGUGUAAAGCAACAGCUGUCCCUGCCACUCUCUAAUGAUGCACAUCCUUCUGUCUCCAAAAUUAACUCUGUAAUGUGUGAUGUGAACAAAGCAAGAGGAACUCUUAUUGCGCUUCUAAUGGGAGUGAGUAGUAAUGAUACCUGCAGGCAUCUGUCCUGUGUGCUGACAGGUCUCAUUGCUGAUUUGGAUGCUUUAGAUGUCUGUGGUCGCACUGAAAUAAGAAAUUACAGAAAGGAAGUAGUGGAAGAGAUCAAUAGGUUGCAGAAAUACCUGGACUUGGAAGAAGAAGCAAAUUCUACACAUGCUUAUGAUUUGGCACAGAAUCAGUCCAUUCUAAAAAUAGAAGAGAUCCGCAAGAAAAUGAAGGAAAUUAAUUCUUUACUUUUAAAAACAGAGAAUGCUUCUGAUUUGCAUUUGGGAUCCAAAGCAGAAUUGCAGGGAUUAAUUGCCCGCUUGGAUGAGGUGAGUCUAGGGAAAAACCCCUGCAUUAGAGAAGCCAGGAGAAGAGCAGUAAUAGAAGUUCAAACUCUUAUAACCUAUAUUGAUUUGAAGGAAGCACUUGAAAAAAGGAAAAUGUAUCCUGAGCAAACAGCUGCCGAACAUCAGUCUCAUAAAGCAGUUUGGACUGUUCUUGGAAACCUGUCUCAAAUUCAGCGGGAGGUGAUUUCGUUUGAUGGAAACAGAACGGAUAAAAAUUACAUGAGACUGGAAGAACUUCUUACAAAACAACUUCUGGCACUUGAUGCUGUUGAUCCACAAGGUGAAGCGCGGUGUAAGGCUGCCAGAAAGCAAGCAGUAAAGCUUGCACAGAAUAUUCUUUACUAUCUGGACAUGAAAACCGAUGAAUGGGAGUACUGAAACAGCCGUGGCCUAAGACAGAAGAGCAUUUUUUCCUUUGGCACUUUAUGCAGAUUUUUGGCUGCACAUAAUAAAAGUGGUGUGUUCUGUGCUGGCUCAAA